AUGACAUCGGGCGUUCAUGAUCUAGCACACCUCGACCUCUCUGUGGCCGAAGUCAGGUCGUCUGGCAGUGUCAAGCACAAAGGACACGCGGAGCAGGAUUCAACUUCCAGCAGGACAAAGCCUGUCCAUGGACUUAACAGCAGAGAUCGCUGCUGUGGAGGUCAGGAGGCAGUAAGCUUCCUACAAGCGGAACACGAAAAGAUCCUGGCGGGCUUGCACGCCGAGGUUCGGGCACUGCAGGAGAAAUGUGGAGAUUUACAGUUUGAAGUCCACCUCCGCAACGUCUCGGAUCCAAGUAAUGCUAAAUCAAGUUCUCAAAUCCAGCAACUGAAAGCCUCAAUGCAAGAAAAAGAUGCAAUGAUCCAAGAGUUACAGACUCAACUGGAAGAAUAUGAGAGGGAGCACAAUGAGUUCAGAGACCACAGCAGCUGGAGGGAACUUCAAUUAAAGCAACAAAUCGAGGUCGGCGAGCAGAGAUUAGCAAGUUUGAGGGACGAGUGCCUUUCUCUGAGAGCGAAAGUACGGGACCUAAAAAUGUACAGCGCCGCUUUGAGGAGAGGAGAUUCAACUUCGCGUCCUGAUUCUAGAGCCUCGAUCAUCGAAGACGAGCCUUUGAGUUUGGACUCCGGAGAGCUUUCUCUUUCUGGCACCUGGAGAGACGCUAGGUUGUCCAUUAGCCAGCCAAAGAGAACUCGGCAGACGUCGGGAUCUUCCAUUGAAAAAUUACAUCUCAAUAACUCCUUAUCGUCAUCGUUCGAUCUCAGUGCCAUAUCACCGUCACCGUCUACUGCGAGGCCUAGCUCAUCUAGACCGGAAAGUGUUCUAUUACCUCCUAUUAACUUAUCACAAAGUGUAGGGAAACCAAACCUUAGACAACAAAUGAGAUUUUCUUCAGCCCCCGCCGUUAACCCAAAAAGGACACCGAGCAGACGUCGUGCCAGUGAAGCUCAAACGCAAAAGAAGAAGCCGGCCGAAUGAAAAUAUUCUCUUUAGGAUGCUUAUAAAUUACGAAAAUUUCAACUAUUGUACUAGAUGUUUUCUCUUCAGAACCAUUUUCAGGAUACCAGUUACUUCUGAAACAUUAAACUUAACAAUGAAUUGCCGGUGUUGCCUUUUAGCUAUAAUGUAUUUUGCUAUUUUAUUGAUAUUGCGCUUUGUCAUAAAGUUAACAGUUUUAGUUAAAUAUAUCUCAUAGUAGUGUCGAAUAUACUAGUGAAUGCUCACCUGUCAGCUGGCAUCCUAGCUCAUCACUAAACAACGAUCAAAUGUUUUCUACCAAAGUGUUGUUAAGCUGUCAUGAACAAGCAAGAUUGACGCUGGUUGUUCUCUUAUUACCUUACAUUAAAAAAUAAUGAAUUCUUAAUUUUUGCCAUUGCGAUGGUCGCACCAAUGAACUCUGGUCAGUGCGUCUAUAAAUACCAUGACGUGCUGUUAUUUUACUGUUGCCACGUACAUUUCUGCGCCAGUGCAAUUGAAACGAAUGAUAGGAAAAGAAAUCGUAAAGUAAUUUAUUCUCACUUUGUGAACCAAGAAGCAAUGGUAAAAAAUUCGGUAAAAUAUAUUUUACCGAAUAUAUUUUUAGGAACAUUUUCCACCACUGUUUUACAUUAGUUAUCAAUCUUACUUUUUGAGAACUCACAACAAUUUUUUUCGCUUGUUGCCUUUACUGGACUUUUCGUUUGUUU